UUUUCGGUAGUUUAAUAGAGGAGUUUUUGCCGUUUUCGCACAGAAGAUUUGCUUUGGCCAGCGUGAAACUAACCUGUUUGGUUUAACAUAGAAUUUCGUUGAUUUAUAGCGGUCAUUCUAGAUUCUAGUUGGUAAAAAGACCGAUUUAUUGUUAAUAAAACAAGACUGCGUCAUGUCGAAAGCACAUCCCCCAGAGCUGAAAAAAUUCAUGGACAAGAAGUUGUGCCUGAAGUUAAACGGUGGCCGACAAGUAACCGGGAUCUUGCGGGGCUUUGACCCCUUCAUGAACCUCGUGGUGGACGAAAGUAUAGAGGAGUGCAGGGAUGGGACUAAAAACAACAUAGGAAUGGUGGUCAUUCGAGGGAACAGCAUCGUUAUGUUAGAGGCAUUAGAUAGGAUAUAGUUUAAUGAUUUAGGUAUGAAUGUGUUUGGAUAGGAAAUAAAUGUGUGCUUUUCGUCA